AAAUAAGAUGAGGAUUUCCCUACUCGCAUGAUAUUAUCAAAAUUUGUUGACACUAUACAUGUAUCAUUUUAUCUUAAAUACUUCUCAGUACAUAUCUCUCUUGCGUUCCUUUACUUUAGUGUCUCUUUUAAGACUUGAAUUUUCUUAUAGCAUUAAAGAAACACCAAGAAAAAUCAGAGUUACUCCUAAAAAUGUCAUCGGAUCAUAACACACCAACGAAAGAUCCACUGAAUCGCCCAUCUUCUUCCUCCAUCACUCACAAGCAACCACUUCCGUCUCAACCGCAGCCGCAGCAACCGCUCAGCCGCUACGAGUCUCAGAAACGCCGCGAUUGGAACACGUUCAUCCAAUACCUAAAAUCGCAGAAUCCACCGUUGAUGAUGUCUCAGUUCGAUUACACACACGUGCUAAGUUUCCUCAGGUACUUAGAUCAGUUCGGUAAGACCAAAGUACAUCACCAAGCUUGUGUCUUCUUCGGACAACCAGAUCCGCCAGGACCGUGCACGUGUCCUCUCAAACAAGCUUGGGGAAGCUUAGAUGCUUUGAUCGGAAGGUUGAGAGCUGCUUAUGAGGAACACGGUGGUGGGUCACCGGAUACUAACCCGUUUGCAAACGGGUCGAUCCGGGUUCACUUGAGGGAAGUGAGAGAAUCUCAAGCCAAGGCUCGUGGGAUUCCGUACAGGAAAAAGAAGAGGAGGAAGAUUAAAAACGAUGGGGUGGUUGUCAGGAACGAUGUUGCAACCUCUUCGACUCAUAAUCAGUCGUCCACUUGAUAGUUUAUCAUAUGAAAUUUUCCGAUUUAGGUAAUCUAUUUUGAAAUUCUCUUUUUUUCUUCUCAAUCUAAACUUUCAUAUGCUCUUUUUAAUUUGGAACUAUUCUCUUUGAAUAAGUGCACCACAAAACUCAAAAUAUCAGAUCAAUAAUAGUGAUUGAUUCAAUAAAUUUCUGUAUCAUUUAUGUUGUAAUUAACCCUAGUCAUGAUUUCUUGGAAUACAUA